AGAUCCCCCAGAUAAUUCACCAUUAAUACAAGGAAUGGACACUAACGAAGUCUUACAGGUCAUUGAGUCUGAUACAGGCACAUUUGUUUGUUCCACUGACGGAGGAAACCCUCUUGCAUCUUUGGACUGGAACUGUUUUGGCAGUAAAGACAUAACAUCGAAAACUCAAGGGGAAAGAGUAUUUAGUACUGUAAAAUGGACGGCACUGAGCAAAUUUAGCACAUGCUCCUGUUCGUCUCAUCACAUAUUAAGUAAUUGGAAAAGCACAACGAACGUAACAGUUAAUGUACUGUAUCCACCAACCAAACCACAUUUCAAAAUUGGACAAUCAGGUGUUUUUGGCGAUGUCCAUGUUAUAGAAAAUAACACAUUACGAAUUGUCUGCAAUAGUGAAAGUAAUCCUUUAUCAAACUACACAUGGACAGGUCCAGGUUUUUCUGGCAAAGGUGACACGUUAGAAAUAACAAACGUUAACAUAAGCAAUCAGGGGCAUUUUAAAUGCAUGGCGUCAAACAGGAUGACAAGAACGAAUGGAUCUUAUGAAGACGGGAGUAAAUCAUCAUCUUUCAAUUUAACAAUAUUGUAUCCUCCAAGCAAUCCAAAAUUCAAAUUUGAAAACUCCAGCGGGCAGCUCAUUCAAUCAAAUAUAUUUUACGUAGUGAGAGACGAUACGUUUUCUAUUUACUGCGAUGUAAAAGGUAAUCCUGUACCUGACAUUAAAUGGGAUGAUAACAAAAGCAAUCCGACUUUGAAAAUAUCUAACAUCAAUUUGGACAUAAAUAGUACAUGCAGAGCAAAAAAUUUGAUGAAAGAAACUGCGAGUCAAAAAGAAAUAAGUUCAACAUCGGAAGCAUCGUUUUCAAUCGUCGUAUUUUAUCCUCCAGGGAUUCCUACAAUACACGUUUCAAAUUAUAAUGGCUACAGCGUUCAAGUUCAAAAUGGAAACGUCAGUAUUAUUGAAUCAGAAACAAUCAAUGCGACAUGUUUUUCACCAAGUAAACCAAUGCCGGCAUACAAAUGGACAAAGGAGCAGUCAUUUAAAACACUUUCGACAAACGUGUUGAAGUUUGUGAACGUCAGUCGUUACGAAAGUGGGGCAUAUUUGUGCAACGCUGAAAAUACUAUGAAUAGAUCAAUAGGAAAAACUGUAGUAGGAAAAAAUAACUCUCAACUAAUUUUGAACAUAUUAUAUCCAGCUAUAGUGAAUGAUAUAUAUGAUAUUAGUAUUGUUGAGGGAUCACAAUUGGAAAUAGUAUGCCCUGUAGUACAUGGAAAUCCUUUAACCUCAAUAGUAACAUGGUACAGACAAAGUGUCGAAAAACGAUGGAAUAACACACUAUUGUUUAUCAAGAAUGUUUCAAGAGCAGACGAUGCAAACUAUAUCUGUAGUGUAAUAACAGACAUGUUUCCUACGAUCGGUACUUCUUCAAGAAUUGAAAAAAGAAAAACUCGAUAUAUUUUAAAAAGGGGAAAUACACUCGUUCCCCUUUUUAAGGCACUAUUUUUACAUUAUUUUCAGCUAAAGUAAUGGUAUUGUUUUGUGAAAAGUAAAAGACAAACAGCUAAAGUAAACAUCCAAAUUUUAUUUUUUGUUUCUUUUGCAAAUGUUUUCGGGGGAACCGUUCCCCCGAAGAACAAAAGCCAUGUACAGAAUACAACAUGAUUCGAUAAAUAAAAAGCAAUUGUUCAGUAAUAAGAGAUACAUUAUGCUUACGGGGGAACCAUUCCCUCAUCAAAAUAAAAAGCAAAUUUCAAAACUUAUCUUUAACACAUACUCUAAAGUGGAACCAUUCCCCCAUCAAAAAAUUAAAGUUCAAAACUUAUUAAACUUCAAAACACAUUUUCUAAAGUGGAACCGUUCCCCCUUAACAAAACAGAAAUAACAAUUUGAUAGAAUAAAAUGCAAUAAUUUAGAAAUUUAGACCAAGGUUACCCGUAAGAGGGAACCGUUCCCUCAUCAAAAUAAAAAAUAAAUUUCAAAACUUAUCUCUUACCCAUUUCCUAAAGUGGAACCGUUCCCCCUUAACAAAACAGGCUCAAAAAUUUGAUAGAAUAAAAUGCAAUAAUUUAGCAUUUUAGAGCCAUGUUACCGGUAGGAGGGAACCGUUCCCUCAUCGAAAUAGAAAAUAAAUUUUAAAUCUUAUUUAUAACACAUUUUCUAGAGUGGAACCGUUCCCCCUUAACAAAACAGAAAUAACAAUUGGAUAUAAUAAAAUGCAAUAAGUUAGAAAUUCAGAGCCAUGUUACAAUGAAGAGGGAACCGUUCCCUCAUCGAAAUAAAAAUAUUUUUUUAAAAACUUAAGUAUGACACAUUUUCUAAAGUGGAACCGUUCCCCCUUAACAAAACAGAAAUAACAAUUUGAUAGAAUAAAAUGCAAUAAUUUAGAAAUUUGGAACAAGGUUACCCGUACGAGGGAACCGUUCCCUCAUCAAAAUAAAAAAUAAAUUUCAAAACUUAUCACUUACCAAUUUUCUAAAGUGGAACCGUUCCCCCUUAACAAAAUAGAUAUAACAAUUUGAUAGAAUAAAAUGCAAUAAUUUAGAAAUUCAGAGCCAUGUUACCAGUAAGAAGGAACCGUUCCCUCAUCGAAAUAAUAUUUUUUUUUUAAAACUUUAGUAUGACACCUUUUCUAAAGUGGAACUGUUCCCCCUUAACAAAACAGAAAUAACAAUUUGAUAGAAUAAAAUGCAAUAAUUUAGAAAUUUUGAGCAAGAUUACCCGUAAGAGGGAACCGUUCCCUCAUCAAAAUAAAAAAUAAAUAUCAAAACUUAUCUCUUACCCAUUUUCUAAAGUGGAACCAUUUCCCCUUAACAAAACAGAAAUAACAAUUUGAUAGAAUGAAAUACAAUAAUUAAGAAAUUUAGAGCAAGUUUACCCGUAAGAGGGAACCGUUCCCUCAUCGAUAUAAAAAACAAAUUUCAAAACUUAUCACUUACCAAUUUUCUAAACUGGAACCGUUCCCCCUUAACAAAACAGAUUUAAAAAUUUGAUAGAAUAAAAUGCAAUAAUUUAGAAUUUUAGAGCCAGGUUACCAGUAAGAGGGAACCA